CCCGCGAUCCCAACGACCCGCGCCAAAGCUGCGACUGCCACAGCUAGGACAGACGACGCGUCCAUGCCGGCCGUGGAAGCAAGCUGAACUCACCGCGAGGAAGCGAGCGCUGCAGCAAUUAAUCUUCGUUCAUCAAUGGCGGCGGUGCCCUACGGAGCUCACCCUCCCCACCAGGCGCCGGCGCCGUUGGCGGUGGUGUCACCGCUGUUCUGUGCGUCGUACGCGGUGCCGCUGACGGUGACCAAGAAGGCCAUCAGCCGCUCCGGUCGAGACUUCGUCGUCACCGACGGCAACGGCGCUGAAAUGCUCCGUGUCAACGGCGCCGUCUUCAGCGUCCACGACCACCGCGUUCUGCUCGACGCCGCCGGCCAGCCCCUCCUCUCCAUGCGCGAGAAGGUAUUUACUAUGCACAAUAGAUGGCAAGUGUUCAGAGGGGACAGCACAAACGCAAGCGAUUUACUCUUUACAGCCAAGAAAUCUUCAAUCUUUCAACUGAAGCCCGAGGUGGAUGUCUUUCUGGCCGGUAAUCAUAGCGAACAAGUAUGUGAUUUCAAGAUCAGGGGUAGCUACAUCGAGAGAUCUUGCGGAUUCUAUCUGGGCAAUUCAGACACCAUGGUUGCUCAAAUAAACCGCAAGUACACGGCCACCAACGUACUUCUGGAAAAGGACACCUUUGUUGUUACCGUGUUCCCGCAUGUUGACUAUGUGUUCAUCACGGCUGUUGUUGUGAUUCUAGAUGAGAUUCAUAGGGAACGGUUCGAUGGAACCACAAUAUUCGAUAUUGUCACUGAUAUGUAAAACUUUUAUUUGUAAUUUGGGCAGUUUAUUAUCAUUGUUCAUCCCCAAUUGAUAAACAAUUGGGCCUUCUCUUGUGUCCUAAGUAGACAGCUUGUUUUUCACUCCAUGAGCUCCCGAGUGUUAUAUAUGUGGCAGGUUGCCCUUUCAUGGGAAAAAUUACUGUGAUUGUUGUGAGCAUA